ACUAGUUAGUAUAUGUGUGAUGUAUAUAUGAUGACGAGUAACCAGUGUUGAAGGAGGAGAACAAUAUGGAGUAAUAAAUAAUUUAACUCAAGCACUUUUAAUAAAAGAAAUGAUAUGUUACUUAUAAAAUAUACCUAAGUAACAAGGAAGGAAUAAAAGGUUGGUUAGAAAAGUAGGAGAGAAAAAAGAACGAUUGGAUAUGACAUCAAAGGGAGGAUAUGUGGUAUUCUAGUGGAUGAAGGUUGGAUGGAUAACUCCUUUUAGUAUUUGAAGUAAAAAUUUAAAAAGCAAAAUAUUUUAAAUUUGCUAUCGGAUACAAAUACAAUGUUGACAAUUGAGAUUAGUGUCACAUAGUAAUCAGUGAUUAGAGAUAAUGAUUCCCCCGCAGCCUCUAAUAUAUCAAAGAAAACACAUGAACGCAAUGGAAUAGUAGUGGGAUGAGAAGAUGAUUGAAUUGAAGGUUAGAGUGAGGUGGAAGAGAUUCCAAUAAUCCAAAAUUCGUGGCUAUGCCUAUGUUGAUGUGUGUGCAAUGAGCCAUGAGAGUGAUAGUGCCAUUGCAAGGAGUCGUUCAAGGCAAAGGAGGUCUCUUCUGGGGUUCCGUCAUCCCCUGCGCCCUCUUCUACUUCUUCCAGCUCUACUUCAAGAACCGCCGCCACCACCACCGUUCUCCUCCUCCGCCGCCACCACCACCACCACCACCGCAUCAUUCCGCGGACCCUGAACCACCCGGUUCUGACAAGCUUCAUCCACAUCAUGUUCAAGUCUUGCCCCGCUCUCUUUCCAGGAUCCUUCUGUCUCCCAGAAGCCCUGCCGGACCCGCUUACGUGUCAGGCCGCGCCACCUCUGUCGCCAGAAUCUCCGCUGACUCUCCUUACUAUGUUGGUUUGCGCAAGGCGGCUGAGGAUCCCUACCACGAGGUUCAUAAUCCUCAUGGUGUUAUUCAGCUUGGUUUGGCACAUAACACGUUGUCUCAGGACUUGGUUCACGAUUGGAUUCACCAGAAUGGAACCACUGCAAUUUUAGGCAGAGGAAUUGCACCUUACCAACCCCUUGAUGGAUUCAUGGAACUCAAACAGGCUGUGGCUGGUUUUAUGCCUCAAGUUAUGGAAAAGUCAAUUUUCUUCAGUCCCUCACAAAUGGUACUAACUGCUGGUGCCACCUCUGCCAUUGACAUUCUUAGCUUCUGCUUAGCAGAUCAUGGAAAUUCAUUCCUUGUUCCAACACCUCACAGCCCUAGCUUUGAUGGGGAUAUAAAAUGGCGAAGUGACAUCGAGAUAGUAGCUGUUCCCUGCCGCAGCACGGAUAACUUCAAUCUGAGUAUAACUGCUCUUGACCGGGCCUUUAACCAGGCAAAGAAACGGGGACAAAAAGUUCGAGGAAUCAUCAUAACGAAUCCUUCAAAUCCUGUUGGAAAAUUAUUGGACCGGAAAACACUACUUGAUAUUGUGGACUUUGCUAGAGAGAAGAAUAUCCACAUAGUCUCCAAUGAAACAUUUACCGGGUCUGCUUGUGGAAGCAAAGAGUUUGUGAGCAUGGUGGAAAUCCUGGAAGCCGAAGAACUUGAUCGCGACAGAGUUCAUAUAAUAUAUAGUUUAUCAAAUGAACUCUCUGUUCCAGAUUUUAAGGUUGGUGUCCUCUACUCCUACAAUGAGAAUGUCCUAGUUGCUGCUAGAAGAAUGGCAAAGUUCUCAGCUCUUUCUGCUCCCACUCAGCAAUUGCUUAUCUCCAUUCUUUCAGAUACUAGAUUUGUACAGAAAUUCAUUGAGAUCAACAGACUGAGGCUUCGAAAAAUGUAUAACACAUUUGUGGCAGAAUUGAAGCAGUUAGGAAUCGAGUGCACUAGCAGCAGCGGUGGUUUUUACUGUUGGGCCAACAUGAGUAAAUUACUCCGGUCUUACGGCGAAAAGGGAGAGCUUGAGCUCUGGGACAGAUUGUUGAAUGAGGCUAAGAUCAAUGUUACUCCAGGAUCAUCUUGUCACUGUAUUGAACCAGGAUGGUUUCGUUUUUGUUUCACUACAUUGUCUGAAAAAGAUGUUUCUGUAGUCAUGGAACGGAUUCGGCGAAUCUCUGCAGCCACAAAAUCAGAGAGUUGAUAUGGCAUUAAUUAGUUCUGCAUAUAUUGUUGUUUUGGUUUACUGAUUCUUUAUUCUUUCCGGCAUAAUCCUAGAAGGAAUAAUCAAUCAUCAAGGAGAAGUUAUAAGAUGGAGUUCUUUUUUAAA